AUGCAAAUCAAAUGUGUGUUGAAUUGUUGUGAGAAUGUAUUGACUAAACAAUCGUCAAUACUAUUGAGACAAUUGAAUGAGGGCCAGGAGUUGAACAAAACGAGACAAUACUUCUAUUAUAUCGAUCACAACGGAAUGAUUGCAAUUCAUAUCACAAUUUUGCAAUUCAUUACAAUAUGUUGCGAUGAUUUGCCGAUAGUGUUCACUCAUAUAAUCAAUGAUAACGACAAUUACCUGUUGUCUUACGGUUAUGCCGACAAAUUACUGACCGUUCCCUUUGAGCCCAAAACUUUAUAUAUGAGACCAGAAUGUGUUGAUAGUAUUGAGGAGACGGGCGGUCGGGUGUAUCACAAAGCGAUGGAUAGAGUGGGAGGCGUUGGACUCGUGAGGUCUAAGUUGGCCUAUCAGUUGAGCAAACACUUCGCAUUCAAAGACAACACCAAAACCAUUCCCACACACUUUGAAUGGAUGGGACAGACGUAUGAAUUAACAAACGAAUUGCAAUCAAAAUUACUGUAG